AGCCCACGUCACGUCACUCGGUGUUCUGCUCUUUAACCUCUGCCGCCACAGCAGUCAUGGUGGUCCUGGUGGAGCUGCUGCUGCUCCUCCUGGACCUGACCUACUGCAUCCUCUGCGCCGCCCUGCAGACGCUGCUGCAGCCGCGGCUGAAGAGCGUGGAGGGCGAGCUGUGUCUGAUCACGGGCGCCGGGGGCGCGCUGGGCCGCCUCUUCGCGCUGGAGUUCGCCAAGGAGGGGGCGCAGCUGGUGCUGUGGGACUGCAACGCGGCCGCCAACGAGCACACCGCCCGGCUGGCGCGGGACCUGGGCGCGAGGGUGCACGCGUACACCGUGGACGUGUCCAAGCGCGAGGACAUUUACGCGGCCGCGGACAGGGUGAGGGCGGAGGCGGGGGACGUGACCAUGGUGGUCAACAACGCGGGGGUGGUGGCCGGGCGGCGGCUGCUGGACUGUCCCGACGAGCUGCUGGAGAGGACGCUGCUGGUCAACUGCCACGCGCUCUUCUGGAUGACCAAAGCUUUCCUGCCUCAGAUGAAAGCGAGAAACCACGGCCACAUCGUGACCAUCGCCAGCGCUCUGGGGCUGUUCACCACGUCCUGCGUGGAGGAUUAUUGUGCGUCGAAGUUUGGUGCCGUUGGAUUCCACGAGUCUCUGGCACAUGAGCUGCAAGCAGAGAACCAGGGCGGCAUCAAAACCACCUUAGUGUGUCCUUAUAUCGUCGACACCGGGAUGUUUGCCGGCUGUGAAAUCAGAAAAGAGCUUCGGAGUCUCAUCCCUCCAUUGGAGCCUCUCUACACCGUCCAGCAGUCCAUGAAGGCCAUUUUAGGAGAGCAGCAGAUGGUCUGCAUCCCUCGCCUCAUAUACAUCCCCUUCCUGGCGAGAGUACUGCUGCCAUGGGAGGCAAACCUGGCAACGUAUCGCUUCAUGGGGGGAGACAAGUGCAUGCUGCCGUUCAUCAGGAGGGCCGAGGCUAAAGUCACUUCAACCUGAGAAGCGACUGAAAAAAAAGGCAUUUCAGAAUAAAAGACAUCUCAAAGAA